UCGAACUUUACCAACCGUACCACGCAUAACUAGAGUUCCUCAAGAAAGUCCACCAAAAUUAUUUACAACUCCAAUAUCAACUAUUCCUACCAUUCGUCAACAUCUAAACAAAACAACAAAACCAAUGAUCGAUCAAAAUUUAGCCCAGUCGCUAAAAAAUAAUAUGAAUAUUGUUGAUGACAAAAAAAAUGAUGGUCGUCAUCAUUAUCAAUCACAAUCAGAAUAUCGCUUUGUCUAUCUUGAAUCAAGUUUCAGUGGAGUCAGUGUUCUCAGUGUUCAAUAUACUGACACUGAUACAUCCCUAGCUAGUACAACAAUAACUACAACAACUGCAAGUACAACUGAUGCGACAAUGUUUAUUCCAAGUAAUUAUUGGACAUCUUGUAGUGCUAGUUGUACAAAUGUAACAACAACAACACCAUCAACACUUUUGGCAUCAUGGAAAUUUGAAAAUAAUCUAUUAGAUUCUGCAAAUAGUUAUAAUGGUUCUAUGAGUAGUGUUCCAUCAUAUAUAUCUGGUUAUGUUGAUCAAGCAUUGAUAGUUAAUAGUGUUCAAUAUGUAACUGUUAGUUCAUAUUUAAGUUUUUUUAGUCGUUCAUUUACAAUUGAAGCAUGGAUUUAUGUAACUAGUUUAAUUUCAUCAGUUGAUUAUGGAAUAUUUGGUCAAUACCAAGCAGCUACUACUUGA